AUGGGAUUUCUUACCGUCUUGUUCAACUCAGCCCUCCUGGCAGGUUCCGCCCUGGCUGUGAGAGGUCCGCUGCCACGGGCCGAGCCGUCGGGUUCUGUCGUAUUAACUAUACCCACUGGCGAACCCCUCUCUCUGGCCUCUUCGGCUCCAGCAUCGCCACCUCCUGGCACUGCCUCUCCAGUACCAGCACCAAGCGGGCCCCAGGGCGCCGGCCCAAAAUGUGGCAAGGGAUAUACCUACUGUGGUUACAUGCUCACAGCUAACGGGCAUAACUUCGCCAACAACGACAUCAGUAAAGCUUAUUGCAGUGGCUUGUCGGAGCUUUGCUCGAACGGCAAAACUAAGACCGAUGUUUCCGAAGCCGUCUUCGUAUGCAUGGACGAGCAGCCAUCUAGCGUCGAACUACUAUGCGCCUGCAGUGGCAAAUGCCGUAACGACGCAGAGAGCAAUUUCAUAGCUCAUUGCGACAAACCAUGCAUCAAUGGUUGAACACGAGUAUAAUCUAUUUACUCAUGCAGGGGAGAUGUGGUGGGAGUUGGCUCAAGGAUUCACUAUUAUUGGGAAGAUCAUAAGUUAACAACGCGAGCUGAAGUUCGUAGUAGUAUGCAAUGUCACUCGUUGGUUACAUGUAUCUCGAAUUCUAUUUUCCUUCUUUCCUACCUAGGCAGUGAUCUGUCAUAUAUCCUAUACUACGGCCGUAACUCUUGCCUCCUUUUCCG